UGUUAGAACGUUGAGACCCGUCUCAGUAUAUAGAUAGCCUCUGUUGAUGAUAUACUGUCAUCCUUGUGCAUCUGACUCAGUUGCUACUGUAUCAACUGUAGCCUACAUUUAGGUUUCAAUUAGAUAACGUUCUGGAGAUACUCUGAUAAAUGCCAGGUAGUAAUGUCCUGUCAAAAAAUAAGAAAGUUUAGCCAUGCGUUAUUGCAGAAAAGUAAGGCAGCUUCGCUUUGCAGGGGUUUAAAAACAUCUGUUGAGUCUUAUGGUAACGUGGCAUCUAGAGGUUCGACCAACCAAAUAGGAAAAUGCUGCGAAAAUGGUCAAAGUUGUGGAUCAAAUUCGGGUAUCCAGGCUACAGGCUCCACAGCCAUCCCAACUUCUCCAUCACCCGCAAAUCACAGACAAGUCGCAGGCAAGAAAUUUAAGGAGGUGUCGCCGACGUUUUCUGAAAGGGCAUUCACUACAGCACCCAAGAUUGACUCCAAGGUGUACCUUUGGUCAAGGUAUAAUGAGAUGAAACGACUUGUGCACGAUUUGAUUCCUCCAGGUGUAUGUAACUUACUGAACCCCUCCACCAUCUAUGCCAACAAUGAGGUUGACUUGGACGAAGUGGAAAUCUAUGGCUUUGAUUAUGACUACACACUCGCUUUGUACUCCAACACUCUUGAUACAAUGAUCUACAACACAGCUCGAGACUUCCUUGUCAAACACUACAAGUAUCCAGAGGGCAUUAGCAAGUAUGACUAUAUUCCAAACUUCGCUGCUCGUGGUCUCCACUAUGACAUUCAGAAGGGACUGUUGAUGAAAAUUGAUGCCUUCCAUUACAUUCAGCUGGGGACUGUAUACAGGGGUCUGAAUCCUGUCCCAGAUGAGGAGGUUUUGGAGCUCUACGGUGGAACUAACCAUGUCCCUCUUGAGGAAGUCAGUGGCUUCUAUGGAAAGGGUCCUGUGAUGAAGCAGUUCAUGGAUGUUUUCUCCAUCCCAGAGAUGACUCUCCUGGCUGCUGCCAAUGACUACUUCAACACCAAUGACAUUGAAUAUGACCCUGGUCAUCUCUACAAAGACGUUUCAGAUGCCAUUGGAAUGGUGCAUAUCAAAGGCUACAUGUACAAGUGGAUAAUGCAAGACUUGGAGAAAUAUAUCCUCAGAGGUGAUGAGACAUAUGCAGUUCUACACCGUCUGGCAAGCCAUGGCAAGAAGCUCUUCCUUAUAACCAACAGCCCAUUUAGCUUUGUAGACAAAGGGAUGAAAUACAUGGUAGGAAAGGACUGGAGGGACUUAUUUGACAUUGUCAUUGUUCAAGCUGACAAACCACACUUCUUCAACAGCUGUGGCAAACCUUUCAGACGUUUGGAUAGCAACGGGGACCUUCAGUGGGACAAGAUCAAGAGCUUGGAUAAGGGCCAGGUCUACAAACAGGGCAACCUGUUUGACUUUCUCAGGCUCACAGGAUGGAGAGGAUCCAAGGUGCUGUACUUUGGAGAUCAUCUGUACAGUGACUUGGCAGACCUGAUGCUGCGUCACGGCUGGCGGACAGGAGCCAUAGUACCGGAGCUGGAGGUGGAGACCAGGGUUGUGAACACGGAGCAGUAUGCCCAGGGCCUCACCUGGCUGCAGGCACUCACCGGUCUGCUGGAGCGCAUGCAGAUGCAUCGAGAUCCGGAGUCAAAGAAAGUUCUGCAGGAUUGGUUGAAGGAGAGAGAAGAGCUUCGAGCUGUGACCAAGAACCUGUUCAACCCUCAUUUUGGUAGCAUUUUCCGCACCUGCCACAACCCCACCUACUUCUCCCGUCGCCUGUGCCGCUUCUCUGAUGUCUACAUGGCAUCCAUCAGCUGUCUGCUGAACUACGACCUCUCCUACACCUUCUACCCUCGUCGCACCCCCCUGCAGCAUGAGGCUCCCCUGUGGAUGGACCAGCUUUGCACUGGCUGCAUGAAGACUCCCUUUCUGGAGGAGAUGGCUCACAUCCGCUAAGAGGGGCAAUCCAAGAUCUCACAAACCGCAAACUGAAUAUGAAGAUAAGAUGCAGGAACUGAGGCUAAGCUGAGAGUAAGGAGGCAUGGUGGACAACCCAGAACAGGUUAAAGGUCUGCACGGAUCAUGAGUGGGGCGGCAGGGUAGCCUAGUGGUUAGAGCGUUGGACUAGUAACCGGAAGGUUGCAAGUUCGAAUCCCCGAGCUGACAAUGUACAAAUCUGUCGUUCUGCCCUUGAACAGGCAGUUAACCCACUGUUAACCCACUGUUAGCCGUCAUUGAAAAUAAGAAUUUGUUAACUGACUUGCCUAGUAAAAUAAAGGUAAAAAAAGAAAAAGUGCCCCCUGCUGUAUGCCAGUAGGCCUACAGUAGUAGCAUAUAAUAUCUGCCUAUUCAAGUCACCCAAUAUCACUUGGUUGGCCAGGACAUUUGAUGGGUUUAGCUAUUAGUUUUAUUUUUUAGGUUAGUUAAGGUUGUAACUUGUUAUCCACACCAUGUACAAAUGUAUGUUUUUGAUAUCUGUCACAUAAUGACUUUUUAAAUCUCAUUUCAUUUUAACCAUGUAACGGACUGAUGUCAUAUAAUGAUAUACAGUAUCGUAUAUGAUCGCAUCAGUUUGAGUUUUGAGUAAUGGAUCUUGAUUAUUAGAAUUUUUUACAAGUAUAUUUUAAGUCAUUGGUGUUACCACCUUGAAAAUCACUCAUUACAAAGGACCUUGAGCAUAGGGGCCUAUAUUAAAGGAAAGGAUUAGUUAAUCAAACCCUUUUAGUGUGUCGUAAAUGUGAGGAUUGAGAAUUGUUUAAAUAAAGUGUCAUUGGUGUUG